ACUAUUAAAUAACUCGCACACCUCUCCUGCUCUCCAUUCCAAACACAUUUUGAAGUCCCAAUUCCAUUCCUUCCCCCACAAUUUGUGCCGUAUCACCAUGUGUGUGAAGAAAUGCGGCCAUUACGAAACUAAGCGAGAACGGCUCUGCCGCCGGAUCGUCUCAGCUCUAUUAGCCAUCACUAUCAUCAUGCUCAUCAUAAUCUUCCUCGUCUGGAUAAUCCUACGACCCACAAAGCCCCGCUUCAUCCUCCAGGACGCCACUCUCUACAGCCUAAACAUUUCAGGCCCAAAUGUGUUGACCACGAGUCUGCAAGUCAGUGUCUCCUCUCGAAACCCAAAUGAGAGAAUCGGCAUUUACUAUGAAAAACUGGACAUCUAUGCCUCUUAUCGGAAUCAGCAGAUAACACUGCCUACUGCCAUCCCAAACAGUUAUCAGGGUCACGAGGAGAUCACUGUGUGGUCUCCUUUCUUGAAUGGAGAAUCUGUGCCUGUCUCUCUCUACUUGUCUAUUGCUCUGGGUCAGGACCAAAAUACAGGGCAUGUGCUUGUGAAUAUCAAGAUUCAGGGAAACGUGAAAUGGAAGGUCGGUUCUUGGGUUUCUGGGAAUUACCGAAUGGAUGUUAACUGUCCGGCGUUUAUCUCCUCCGGUGAACCCAACAAGGGUAUUGAGAUUGGACCUGCAACCAAGUAUCAGUUUGUGCAAGAUUGUCAUGUGGAUGUUUGAGCAAGCAAACAUUGCUGCAAUUAAGCUAGGCUAAUUUAGUUCAUUCCCCAGAUAUUAUAGUUUGUUUCUUUUUUCUUGGUAACUAUAAGAUGUGAACACAUUAAUGGCUUCCUCUUGCCAAAAUUGAGCUUUUCUUGGGGUUAUAUGACAAUUAUAAGUAUAAUUU